UUCUUCUUCACUUUAGCUUAUAAUAACCAAAACCCAAUUCAUAUUUCACUUCACACAUUUGAUUCUUUCAAAUCACUAUGUCUGGAGUUAUGUAUUUUAACAGGAGGAAUGGCGUCCUUCAUCUUAAUGAAAACCCUCAAGCUGAAUCUUCAUCAUCCGACAAGAAAAAGGUUCUGGUGUAUUUACCAACAGGUGAAGUGGUGUCUUCUUAUUCUUCACUUGAAAGUAUCUUGACAGGUUUAGGCUGGGAAAGGUAUUAUCGCGGUGACCCUAAUCUCAUCCAAUUCCACAAGCAUUCUUCCAUUGAUCUCAUCUCUCUACCUCGUGACUUCUCAAAGUUCAACUCCACCGGCGUUUACAUGUAUGAUAUCGUCGUCAAGAACCCCGAUCUCUUCCAUGUUCGCGAUAUGUAAUCCAUCAUCAUCCAACUUCAUCUAUGUAUGCAUGCAUGCAUGUAUGUAAUCAUCAUCAUUUCAUUCUAGUGUUUGCAGUGUGAGUCAUAUUUUCAUUUCCAAAUUAUUAGGCAUUAAUUGUAUCGUUAUUGUGUGUUUCAUUUUGUUAAGCAAGUUCGUAUAUUAUGUUUCUCCUUGUAUUUAUGUGUUUGUAAGCAUGGUUCAUCUAGGGUUUCCCCAAGCUUCUUGUUUUCUGCAAAUAAAAAUUUAAUGGGUAUUGUAAGCUG